AGAAUGCCUCUAAGAAACAGCUCCUCAGUGACUGAGUUUAUCCUUGUGGGAUUAUCAGAACAGUCAGAGCUCCGGCUCCCCCUCUUCCUCCUGUUCUCAGGGAUCUAUGUGUUUACUGUGGUGGGCAACUUGGGCUUGAUCACCUUAAUCAGGCUGAAUUCCAGCCUUCAUACUCCAAUGUACUUUUUCCUCUUCAACUUGUCUUUCAUAGAUCUCUGUUAUUCCUGCGUGUUUACCCCCAAAAUGCUAAAUGGUUUUGUGUCAGAAAAUAUCAUCUCUUACGUGGGAUGCAUGGCUCAAUUAUUUUUCUUCUGUUUCUUUGUGAAUUCUGAGUGCUACGUGUUGGUGUCGAUGGCCUAUGAUCGCUAUGUGGCCAUCUGCAACCCGCUGCUCUACACCGUCACCAUGUCCCCUCGGGUGUGCUCUCUGCUGACGUUUGGUUCGUAUGUGGUGGGGUUUGCUGGGGCCAUGGCCCAUGCUGGAAGCAUGCUGAGACUGACCUUCUGUGAUUCCAACAUCAUCGACCACUAUCUGUGUGAAGUCCUCCCCCUCCUGCAGCUCUCCUGCACAAGCACCCAUGUCAAUAAGCUGGUGUUUUCUGCUGUUGUUGGAGCGGUCAUCACAAUAUCCAGUAUUGGCAUCUUAAUCUCUUACGCUUUAAUUCUCUCCAAUAUCCUCCACAUUCCUUCUGCUCAUGGUAGGUCCAAAGCCUUCAGCACGUGUGGCUCCCACAUAGUUGCUGUGGCUUUGUUUUUUGGGUCAGGGGCAUUCACCUAUCUAACAACCUCUUUUCCUGGAGCUAAGGACCAGGGUAAAUUUGCCUCAGUCUUCUAUACCAACGUGGUUCCCAUGCUUAACCCUUUGAUCUACAGUUUGAGGAAUAAGGAUGUUAAACUUGCACUGGGGAAGACUCUGAACAGAGUGCUCUUUUGA